AUGCUAGCAGUCGUCUCCACCCACCCCGAUUUCAACGCUCCCGACGCGGACGUGACCUUCCAGUCGUCCGAUGGCAUCCAAUUCCACAUACACCGCAAGCAUCUCGAAUCGCAUACGGGUGCAUUCCCCGGGAGCGAGUUCGACACACGCGGCGAGGUGACGCACCUCACGGAGCACAGCAAAACGCUCGCGAUCCUCUUCCAGUUCGUGUACCCGCGCAGGCACCCCACGCUCCAGGACGCGGAUUUUGCGACACUUAUGCCUGUCGCAGAGGCAGUGGAGAAGUACCAGGUGUUCUCAGCGAUGAAUACGUGCGAGGCACGUUUGAGGUGGGUGUGA